GGUAGAGGAGAGGGUUGACUGGUCGGAUAACGCUGCGCUGUUAUUUGUCACUACAAACAGCGGGUUUCGCGUUAUUAUACCGCGCGAUAAAACCAGUCUGUGAGGAGUUUAGAGCCUCAAACCAGUCGCUUCAUAUUACAGUGAAUGUUGUUCAUUUUUGAAUCACCAAAACAUAGUCAGACCAGGCCUUCACAAUGCCUGCUUUCCGACAAGUGGGAGAAAAGCAGCUGCCAAACCCGGUUCUGUACAUGGCCUGGUCACCAAAGAGAGACCUUAUCGCAUUAGCCAACACCGCUGGAGAGCUCUUACUACAUCGCCUUGCCAAUUUCCAACGUGUGUGGAGUUUAGCACCCAAUGAAAACACGGGAAAAGAAAUCACUUCUUUGGCCUGGAGGCCUGAUGGCAAAAUAUUGGCCUUCAGUGUGGGGGACACAAAGCAGGUGGUCCUGUGUGAUGCUGAGAAGGCAGAGAUCCUCCAUUUGUUUCCUGUAGACUACCCUGUGUCUUGCAUGCACUGGAUGGAGGUGCAGAGUGACAGCAGCUUAUCAUCAUUCAGUGACUCUGAGGACGAGUCCAACCGUUUCCUACCCAAGCUGCCAGCAUUGCCAAAGAGCUACAGCUCCACAUCAAAAAUAUUCAGUGAAGAAAAAUCAGAUGAAGUCACCAGCCUCCUGGGGGAAGUGAGACUUAAUAUCCUGGUGGUAGGCGGGCCAUCUGGAUUUGUGGAGCUGUAUGCAUAUGGCCUGUACAAGAUAGCCACUCUAAAAGGGAUUGCAGGAACAUGCCGCAGUCUCUGUCUCGCCAGUGACCUCAAGUCCCUCUCAGUUGUCACAGAAGUAAAAUCCCCAGAAGAUAAUGCUGAGAUCCACUACGUUCAGCUGGACACAGGACUGCUCUCUUCCUGUCUUCCGGAGUUAACCAGGAUGGCUCGAAAAUUCACUCACAUCUCCACCCUGAUCCAGUACCUGCGCCUCUCUCUCACCUGUAUGUGUGAGGCCUGGGAGGACAUCCUCAUGCAGAUGGAUCUCCGCCUCACCAAGUUCGUCCAGGAGAAGAAUACAAGUACUCAGGUUCAGGAUGAGUUCUUGGAGCUGCUGUUAUGGGGACAUGCCAGUCCUGAACUGCAAGCUCUUCUCAUGAAUCAGCUGACAGUCAAAGGCUUAAAGAUGUUGGGCCAGUCCAUUGAGUCAUCUUACUCGAGCAUCCAGAAACUGGUAAUUAGUCACUUACAAAGUGGUUCAGAAGCUCUGCUGUAUCAUCUUAGUGAGGUGAAGGGCAUGGCUUUAUGGAAACAGAAAUUUCAGCCACUGGGUCUGGACCCUUCAGCUAUAGAAGAUGCCAUCACAGCCGUAGGCUCCUUCACUCUAAAGGCUAGUGAACUCUUACAAGUCAUCGAUAAAAGUAUGAAGAAUUUUAAGGCCUUUUUCCGAUGGCUGUACGUUGCGAUGCUUCGCAUGUCGGAAGACCAUGUUCCACCAGAGUUGAACAAGAUGACUCAGAAGGACCUGGCCUUUGUUGCUGAUUUCCUCUCUGAGCAUUUCAGCGCUAAUGAAGAGCUGUUUGAUCGGAAAGGGAAGUACUUUAACGUGGAACGAGUGGGACAGUAUCUGAAAGAUGAAGAUGAAGAUUUGGUGUCUCCGCCUAAUAUGGAGGGCAACCACUGGGUGACGUUUGUCCAGCAGAGCACACACCUCAAAGAGAGUCCUUUGCUGUUUCCCACUUACCCACAAAAGUCUCUGCACUUUGUUAAGAGGAUGAUGGAAGGGACUAUCGACAUCUGUCUGCAGAAACCAGCUGAGGUAAUAGGGAGUUCAGUGAAGCAGGCUGUGUGCUUGCCCCUGUACUCAGUGUGUGAGAGGUCAGAGGACACACCUCGGCUGUUUGAGCUUCCAUCGCUAUGGAAUGAUAAGAAUGCUGCGAUGCAUUAUGUAGUAUUCUGUAUGCCAGAGAUCUCACCCUUCAAAAUCUACAUCCUCAGAAGGGCAACGGACCCAAACAGAUCUGUCCUUAACAACUUGGUAGCCAUACACCUGAACACUCCGUUUAACACCAGUAUUGAUGAUGAAGUGCCAGUAGCAGAGUCUGUCGAUCGCUCCUAUAGUUGCCUUAAUGCCCGUCUCUAUGACGACGAGACAUUGACAGUGGUUCUGCAGUGCCAGGAGAAAGAUGAGAACAAACUCCGCCUCCUUGCCCAGCUCCCCCUCAGCUCCGCCCUUAGAUGUGAGGAAGUGUUUACAUGGGACCCCACCCUCAGGUUGGACCAGCAGAGUGAAAAGAUUCCGGUGCAAGAGCUGACCUGGGGGAAUCAGAGCCGAGAUCUAGAGAACAUGAAGGCUCAGUUUGUGGCUGUGAAUGGUAUCCGCAAAGUAGCCUGCGUGUUGAGCUCCAACCUGCGUCACAUCCGCGUGUUUGAGAUGGACGCAGAGGAUGAGGAGGAUGAAGAGCGGGCCGACGAGUCGCAAGACAUCAGCUCUGACCAGGAUGGACUGGAAGAGACUUCAACCAAUCAGGGAGCGACAGGAACAGAAGGAGACGGAGAGGGAGAGGCAGAGGCUUGUGAGGAGAUGGGCGAGGGGUCAGGAGACACCCUGGAACAGACGUCAGAGUCUGAUACGUUAUGACCUUCGACCAUGAAGUCAAAUCCUAUUUCGCUCCCAGACUGAAAUUACAACAUACCAACAUCUUACUCAGUAAUGACCGGUAGAGUACAAAUAAAAAUUUUCCAGGUAUUUUUGUAGGAAAUGUACAUUUGACUGAAAUAUGAUAUUCUCCUUUGAGAAUAAAGUGAUGUUUUGAACAGA